AUGGAUGCAGGGUCAUUGGCCGUCGGUACCGUCGCUGCUGUACCUGGCCUCAUCACAUCUUGCAUCCAGCUCUACGGUCACGUCCAGACAUGGAAACAACGAAGACCCGAUCUCGACAACUAUUUUAUCAAGCUCCAUUUCAAUCAGGAGCGCUUGAAAGUGUACGAAGAGUUGAUGCUGGGUUUCCAAAAUAGGGGGAGAAGCUCGUUGCUAGAGGACUUGCUUCACUCCAUUCAAAAGGAUCUAAACAGCCUUGAAGCAUUAUUAAAGAAACAUGAUGAAAAACUCGGGAACAAAAAAAAGCCCAUUUCUUAUAUUGCCGCUGAUGAACCACAGAUAAGUAAAUUGACCGAAAGGCUCACGGGCAAUACCAAUAUUCUCGAAGACCUACUUCCAGAUACAGUAAAGGAUCAUGUGAGAUAUCGUAUUAGAAAUAAUGUGCUAGGACCCGCAGAUCUUGAAGCUUUGUCUAAGUUCUCCAGAGUGGACAUGGACAAAGACAACCGAGACCUGGUUGUGGAAGCACAAAUCAGAUACCUGACUAUGAGUAUGGCCAAAACAUCUCAAGGGAUGAAUGCAGGAGACAACCAUUUCAGGUACAGGGAUAAGAUCCGUUGGCUGCAGAUGCCAGACAUGUCCAAAAGCCAACCAACAUGGAACAAUAACUGUCAGCUGAGCGAGCUCGAUGGCCAUGAUAGGACAUUUGGGGUCCUUCCGGAAGGAAUGAAAGACCUUGCCUCACGACGUCUCCUCGUUGAGUGGCGACCAGAGUUCAAACGAAGAGACCAAGACCCCAUCAAUCCCGCCAAUCGGCUCAACCAGUUGACAUAUACUCUCCGGGAGAUGUCUGAAGCCGCAAAUCCGUCAGUCCAAGACCUCAGCAACCCCGUCAACUUCCGCAUCUUACGUUGUGAGGGCUGGGUCACAAGCGAUCUCAAUCACAAACGCACGGGGCUUGUUUUCACUUUCCCCAAAAGUUUAGGCCAGGUUCCUGUCUCGCUCCACGACCGUAUCAACCAAACUCAGAAACGUAACCUCCCGGAUCUCAACGUGCGUCUCGACAUGGCACGGGCUCUGUCGCGAAGUAUUGCCAACUGGAUAGCAAUCAAGUGGCUGCAUCGGGCCUUUCGCUCGGACAACGUGCUCUUGUUUGAGCCUGAAGCAUAUAAAGAGUUGUAUGUCGUUGGACACAGCUACACUCGGCCAGAUAGUGGUAUUGGCGACCUAUCGACGCUUCAGGAUACGAAUUCUGAUCAUAUGCUCUAUCGCCCACCGCCUGACAUGACUGGCUGGUGGGAUGUUAAGGACCCCCUGCCAGCAGAAGGUGCAAUAGGACAAACAGUGAAUCCAAUCGACAGAGUACGCAGGAUCGAUGCCGGCUUCGACGUAUUCGCCUUGGGUAUCGUUCUUCUUGAACUCGGAUACUGGCGCACUGUGAGUUCGUUAAAGAAAGAGUACCAAAGGAAGGACAGCAAGUUGAAGUUCAACCAGGCUGCGCUCCUCUUUGCAGCGGAUCACCUCGGAUUUAAAACUGGGACCAGAUACAGAGAUGUCGUGGUGAGAUGCCUCGAGCUGAAGGAUUGGCUGUCUGGAAAGUCAGACCCGGAGCAAUUCAUGGCACAAGUUCUCCGAGAUUUGAACUCCUGCCGGGUGUGA